AUGGCCGGCGCCGCCGCACUCCGGCGGGCUGCCCGCCGCGCCGUCCGCACGCUAGCAAAUUCUUCCGCUCCCCCACGGACGAUCUCACUGCCCGAGCGCCUCCUAUCCUCCCAGGCGUCGCCGGAGCACCGGCCCCGCCCCGGCGUCUCGGGGUCGGAGCUGGGGCAGUACCCACCGGAGCGGAUCCGGAACUUCUCCAUCAUCGCGCACGUCGACCACGGCAAGUCAACGCUCGCCGACCGGCUGCUGGAGCUCACUGGCACCAUCCAGAAGGGCCAUGGCCAGCCUCAGUACCUCGACAAGCUGCAGGUAGAGAGAGAAAGAGGCAUCACUGUCAAAGCCCAAACCGCAACUAUGUUCUAUAAGCAUGCUGUAGAAACUUCCGAGUCCCUUGGGACAGAUACUCCAAGCUAUUUGCUUAACCUGAUUGAUACUCCAGGCCACGUAGAUUUCAGUUAUGAGGUCUCAAGGUCCUUGGCAGCUUGCCAGGGUGCUCUUCUAGUAGUUGAUGCGGCCCAAGGUGUACAGGCACAAACAAUUGCAAAUUUUUACCUCGCAUUUGAGUCAAACCUUAGCAUUAUUCCUGUCAUUAACAAGAUUGAUCAGCCUACUGCCGAUCCUGAUAAUGUGAAGGCCCAGUUGAAGAGGUUAUUUGAUAUCGAUCCAAGUGAAGCUCUGCUGACUUCUGCCAAAACUGGUCAAGGCCUUAGCCAGGUGUUACCUGCUGUUAUUGAGCGCAUACCUUGUCCGCCUGGAAGUUGUGAUUCACCUGUACGAAUGCUGCUCUUAGAUUCAUACUACGAUGAAUACAAAGGGGUGAUCUGUCAUGUUGCUAUCGUUGAUGGUGCGAUGCGUAAGGGAGAUAAGAUUUCAUCAGCUGCGACUGGUCGCACAUAUGAAGUCUUUGAUGUUGGCAUUAUGCAUCCUGAGCUUACCCCAACUGGAGUGCUUUACACUGGACAAGUUGGAUAUGUUAUAACUGGUAUGCGUUCAACUAAAGAAGCACGCAUUGGCGACACUCUUCAUCAGGCAAAGAGUAUCGUUGAACCACUUCCUGGUUUCAAGCCUGUGCGACACAUGGUCUUCUCUGGUGUAUACCCGGCUGAUGGUUCUGACUUUGAAGCUCUUAGCCAUGCAAUUGAAAAGCUAACAUGUAAUGAUGCCAGUGUUUCUGUUACAAAAGAGACAAGCACUGCACUUGGCAUGGGCUUCAGAUGUGGUUUCCUAGGAUUGCUGCACAUGGAUGUGUUUCAUCAACGGCUUGAACAAGAGUAUGGAGCUCAGGUUAUAUCCACCAUACCAACUGUUCCAUAUAUCUUUGAGUAUGGCGAUGAAAGCAAAGUGCAAAUUGAAAACCCUGCAGCCUUGUCUUUAAAUACUGGAAAACGUGUAACGGCCUGCUGGGAGCCAACAGUCAUUGCUACUAUCAUUAUUCCUAGUGAGUAUGUCGGGCCUGUAAUUAUGCUUUGUUCAGAAAGGAGGGGCGAGCAGCAAGAAUAUACAUUCAUUGAUGCCCAUAGAGCUUUAUUAAAGUACCGAUUACCUUUGAGGGAGAUCAUUGUGGACUUCUACAAUGAGUUGAAAAGCAUUACAUCUGGCUAUGCUACUUUUGACUAUGAAGAUUCUGAGUAUCAAAAAUCUGAUCUUGUUAAGAUGGAUAUUCUACUUAAUGGCCAGCCUGUUGAUGCUAUGGCAACUAUAAUCCAUAACCAGAAAGCUCAGAAGGUUGGAAGAGAAUUAGUGGACAAGCUCAAGAAAUUUAUAGAAAGGCAAAUGUUUGAAAUCACUAUACAAGCAGCAAUUGGUUCAAAGGUUAUCGCAAGGGAAACUCUGUCAGCAAUGAGAAAGAAUGUUCUGGCCAAGUGCUAUGGUGGUGACAUUACUCGCAAGAAGAAGUUGCUAGAGAAGCAAAAGGAAGGGAAGAAGCGCAUGAAACGUGUAGGAUCCGUCGAUAUUCCUCAAGAAGCAUUCCAUGAGCUACUGAAGGUCUCCAGUUCAAAAUAGUUGAGCUGAUUUUUAGUGUUGGUCAUCUUCUAGAAGGUCUGCGUCGUAGUUCACUGGGUACAGACUGUAGCAGGAUGUUGUACACCACCACUGGUCCACGGUGCUUAUUUCAUUGUUAGAAGUUCCAACUUCAGUGGCACUGGCGCUGCAAACCUUAUGUUUAUAGGUUGUGUUGAUGGCGUCUACAACAGAGACACCCUGUACCCAGGUGUGCAGAAGAGCCUUCACUAUUGCACACUGACACCCCGUUAGAAUGAUUCUGACUGGAAAGUCUGACAACCAUAUGCCAAAUGUCGUGUUUACUGCACAGUUUUGGGAGCAAAAUAUGGAAGAAUACUACUACUAACAGUUUUGUUUAUUGAAAUUUUUGUACACGGAUAAAUGGUGUAUGGAUUGGAUCAUAUGUUCCCCCUUGUUUUGGUAAAGUUUAUUUGUAAGUUCCCCUUUAUAUUUUUCUGGAAAAUCAAUAAUAAUAAUAGUAUGUAA